AUGGACGGUCCUCGUCAAGUGAUCGUCGAUGACCAAGUGGUCAAGUUCUGGUCUCGGACUGCGAAGCCUGCUUUUGAAUUGGGUCUGCUGGUGGGUCAAGUGAGCUCUUCGAAUGCAGGAGAUGUCAUGCUUGCAGUGGUGCCAAUUCCAUCCGAGAGUGAAAGCAGUGACGUCCUGACCAGACUCGAUGACGUGUCGGUCGAGUGGGUGCAAGAAGUUGCUCAACAAGUGGAUCGCCUGCUGCCUGGGGGUAUCUUCGUACUUGGACUGUAUGUAGUUUCGACUAGAGACAAUGCGUCGCGGGUAGUGCCUUAUCUCCGGUCUACCGCAGAGGCGGUGGCGCUCCACGCAAGUGUGACUUUCGUCGAUCCCGUUCAUUAUCUGGCAAUCGUAUCUCCGAAAGGUGGAUUCGAACUGCAGUGCUGGUACGAUGUGACCGAUGUCAACAAGGCGCGCAUGGUAUCGGCGGUGCUCAAAACUCCGUUGACGAAUGUCAAGUUUAAGCAGUAUCGCACGCUCGUCGACAUGAACGAGCCCAUUUCGCUAGCACGCAUUGCUAUGGAUGUGACGAGUGCAGCAACGGACGUGGCUGAUACUUGCAUGGACGAAGUGGAGAACCACUUGAAGUCAUUGUUCCGCCGGGUAGAAGAAUCUGUCGCCGUGCUGAAUGUCGUAGACGACACUCAAGUCCAGCACAUGAACUUGUUGUCGUUAACACCUGCGCAGUCUCCGGCAUCUUUUGGGGAUCCGCUUGGUUAUAUUCGUGGUGCAAUCAGCUGCGUUGCAUUUUUAUAUGAUCGGGAACCUGGAGCAAAGGAGAUGGCGGCACGUUACCUAAAACAUGACUUUGUGAAGUCGAUGCUGGUACGCGUAUCGCUAGCACGCGAGAGGUGGGCCGAGGACAGUCAGGGCAAACCCAAUGCAGUGCUUCAAGAAGGUGGAGUCGUCUGCUUUCCUCAGCGAGGCCUAGUGCCAUGGCGUUCUACAAGCGUAUUAAGCCCGCACCUUCCCGCAACAGUGUACGUCUUCCCUGACGAAGACGCUGGGCAGGCGGUGAAGGACGCUUUGGAGCUUCUAGGAGAUGAUACACCUACCGCUGGUAGUCUCUGGAUUGCGCUGGAAAGCGGUAGCCAGCCCGCUUUUGUCAAGGACCAAGACCGUCGUGUGAUACAGACGUCAGAGUAUUUCCAGCACGUCUAUUAUGUGCUGCCUCUUGUCAUUGUCAUCCUCCUCCUGUUCGUCCAGUUCACAUCCAUCGUAUAA